GUUUCUGCUGUGUUUUGCAAUCGAUAGCCGUUCUUCUUACGAUAAUGUAAUGGAAAAGUGGGUUCCAAAAGUUCGACAUUAUUGUCCUUCAACACCAAUUAUUUUAGUGGGUGCGAAACUUGACCAAAGAGAAUACAAUAGAAAAUACAAUGCUGAUCAUAACAAGAACUGUGUUUCAAAUGACCAAGGUGUUCAUUUAAUGGAAGAAAUUGGUGCAAGACGUUAUUUGGAGUGUUCGGCAUUAGCUCAACAAGGGUUGACAACUGUGUUCGAAGAAGCUGUAAAAAUUGCGCUUGAGUCACCAUCUAAGAAAAAGAAAGAUUGCUGUUCAUUGUUUUAGGCGCCAGUGACGUGUUUCAUGGAAUAAGAAAGCAAGACUCAUUAGCUUUUAGGAACAAGUCUAGAAGUAAGCUUGUAACAAAAAGGAGAAGUCGGACGAAGAUUUGCUUGUUCUCAUCACAUCACAUGUUUUAUAAAAACAAUAAAAUCACCAACGUGACAAAAACUGUUUCUUUUCAGGUUACCUUAUUAAACUAUUUAGGCUUGUUAAAGUUGUCUCUGACUUUGUGCAGUUUACAAUUAAGCUAACAAUCAUUUUCCGCUCCAUACGAGUAGGUACAUUUUAAGGGCAGGACAACAAUUUCCAAUUAAUAAAAAGAUAAAUGAUAUACAAUCGAAAUAUCAAACCGCUGUGGUUAUUUGCAAAACCAAACUCUUAUGCUAUGCAUCAACAUAAAUAUGACAAUUUGAAUAAAGUUGAAUAAAGUUCGAUGAUUUGUUAACAAACCCUUAAAAUAAAUGUGCCGUAUUAUUUGUAAGCUAUAUUUGUUCAUGCAAACAUUUUAAAACUAAUUCACGUUUACAUUUAACCGUCUCUGUGUGUGUGUUGGACAUGCAUGUGAAGUAAAUCCCACUGUGUUUCGUUUGUUAAAUUAAUACUUUCAUUUGAUUAGAAAUGUUACCAGUG